CGCUUUGGACGUAGAAAGUAGAAACCAUUUGUGCGGUCGGCAAGGCAAAAUGCUAAGAGCUGCAACUUCUCAUUCACCGGCGAUUGCCAUUCCGGCGGCUCUAUUGGCUUUCUCUGCUGCCAGAAUCUCGCCCUCUCUAUCCUUUCGCAGGCUCUCCACUUUCGGCCUCGCUCUUGCCGGAAGAGCCUUCUUGCACUGUACACUCAGUCGCCGUUUUCCCCUCCCCGGGAUGGUCAAUCUCUCACUCAUGUCGGACCGCCUUCCUGUUUCUAAAGGCAUCAGAGAGUUCUGUAUGGGUCAGGGUUUAAUAGAAGAAAACUCUGGAAGAGACACGCUGCCGACAUUCUGGAUAUUGCAAGUUUAUUAUUGGGAGCAAUUUUGGCUAGGCUAUAUGUGUACUUUAACUACAUUUGCUUCAUUUAGUUCUGGAAGCAGUUCAGAACACAAUAGGGAAAUAUUAGUUCAGCAUUUGCUCGUGAAAGAAGAUGACCAGAAGCUUCUGCUGGAACUUCAGAAAAGAAUUGCACAAGGUGAGGAUCUUAGUGAUUUGGCUGCUGAAUAUUCAAUUUGCCCAUCAAAAGAAGGAGGAGGAAUGCUUGGUUGGGUGAGAAAGGGGCAAAUGGUGCCAGAAUUUGAGGAAGCUGCAUUUGGUGCACCCAUUAACAAGGUUGUCAGAUGCAAAACAAAGUUUGGAUGGCAUUUAUUGCAAGUCCUAUCUGAGAGGGAAGAAUCCAUUCUUGAGCAUAUCCAACCCAAUGAGCUUUAUGUGAAAUUGCACGAUCCCACUUUCAUGGAAGAUGCUCAAUUGGUUGAUGUUCGGGAACCAGAAGAAGUAGCCAAAGCACAUCUGCCAGGCUUUCAGGUUCUUCCACUUCGCCAAUUUGGAGAAUGGGGACCCGAAAUUACAACUAAGUUUGAUCCUCAGAAGGAUACAUAUGUCCUGUGUCACCAUGGAAUGCGGUCUUUGCAAGUUGCCAAGUGGUUGCAGACACAGGGUUUUAGGAAAGUGUUUAACAUUGCGGGAGGAAUUCAUGAGUAUGCUGUGAAGGCUGAUCCAUCAAUCCCAACUUACUGAUGCAGGGCUUUUCUCCCUACCUAUCCAGUUUUCAAUUUUUUGGGCGAAAUAUAUUAAUCAGAUCUAGAACAGUUUUUAUUUUAACAAAUAAUUUUUUUUUUUUGGGUAUUAUGAUCCCAAUCAUUUUCCUGAGUGAGUGCAGUGUCACAGUGGUAUACAUUGUAGUUUUAUAUUUAAUAUGAUUUUCUCAUCUUUUAAUAAUUAUAUAUUCUUGAAAGAUUGUGUGAUAGAAUGAGAUCAUUUGGAGUUCAAUGA